AUGGCUCCCUCCGCCCUCUCCACCGCCGCUGCCGCCGCUGCCGGUGCCGCGACGACUCCCUCCAACGGCGUUACCAAGGGUGCGCCCGCCUACGCCGAGCUCGAUGCCUCCAAGCUCACCUACGAACGCACCAUUUGCACCGACCACAUGAUCACGGCCAACUGGUCUGCCGACGCCGGUUGGGCCGCCCCUAAGCUCCAUCCCUACGGACCCCUCUCCCUCAUGCCUACCGCCUCCGUCCUCCACUAUGCCACCGAGUGCUUCGAGGGCCUCAAAGUCUAUCGCGGCUUCGACGGCCGCCUCCGCCUCUUCCGCCCCGACUGCAACGCCAGGCGCAUGCUCGAGAAGCUCAUGAUCGCCCUCCUCGCCGUGGACGGAGCUCGCUGGAUCCCCAAAUCCCGCCCUGGCACCUUCCUCUACCUCCGCCCCACCAUGAUCGGCACCCAGUCCCAGCUCGGCGUCAUGGCCUCCCGCGAGGCCAUGCUCUACAUCAUUUGCAGCUUCAUGCCCAUCAUGGACUCGCCCCCGGCGGCCUCCGCCUCCGCACCUCCCCGAGGACAUGGUCCGUGCUUGGUCCGGUGGGACGCUCGCGACGCGGGCUUCCACCAGAUCCUCUGGCUCUACGGCCCCGAAGCCCUCUGCACCGAGGCUGGCGCCAGCAACUUCUUCGUUCUGUGGAAGCCCAAGGAAGGUGGUAAGCCUCAGCUGGAGGAGCGUCCUCGAGCUCGUGAGGAAAGGUGCCCCGAGAUCGAUGUUGUAGAGAGGAAAUACACCAUUCGUGAGCUCGAGGAGGCCUAUGACGAGGGCAGGAUCAUUGAGAGCUUCGCUGCCGGUACUGCUUUCUUCAUCUGCCCCAUCUCCGUCGUCAACCACCGCGGCAAGAACCUCGAGGCGUCUAUGGGCGCUUCCGGCGAGGGCGGCGACUACACUCUCAAGGUUAGGCAAUGGCUCAAGGACAUCAUGUACGGCGCCGAGCCCGACCAUAAAUGGGCCGUCGUCAUCACCGAGGAAGGCGAAGAGUAA